AUGAUUCAUCAUUCGGAGCAUCAUAAUUUUGUUGUAAGAACUGAUUAUAAAAAUAUUUGUACUCAGAUCAGAGGUUUUAUAAAAAAAGCAGAGAAAGUUGAUCGCAAGGAAUUGUUGGAACGUCGCAAAAAAUUAGCCAUAUUGUAUGAUGAGGAACAAAGACAACUUGAGCAUGAGUUUGAUGUCAUAGCUAGAUCUCGUAUAGAUAACGAGUUUAUAGAACGCUACAAAGCUCUUAAUAUCAAAAAGGCUGAAACUAGAGUAAAGACUAAAGAAUUUUUGCGCAAGAAACGAAUUCAGCGCAACAUCGAUGACUGCUAUGAGAUUCGAGAAGCUUUUCGUCAAAAAGAAAUAAUGCAAACGAAACAUGACCUGAUCAAACAAAUGCUUGACAAACAAGAAGCUGAGGAAGUAAGGAAAAAAGAAGAUAUUUACUUUAAAAAACUGGAAGAAUCAUUGCUUAAUUCACAACAUAGUACUCGUCAACGCAUAUAUGAUGCUCAGGAUGAGUUAGCUGGUUUUUGUCGUGCUAUAGUUGAUGUUCAACAUGAAGAAUUCCUAGAAAAUCAAGAAAAACUGCGUAAGGCUAAGGAAAGAGACCAUGCCAUCUUCUUACAGCGUCAUAGAAGACAACAAUUGAAGGACAUGAAAAAUUCCUUUACGCCAAUACCACAAGCAGAAUUAGAUUAUCGCCAGGUGCUAGUUCAAAUGGCUAAGGUAAAGAGGGAUGCAGAAGAAGCAGAAAAGAAACAAUUGAUUGCAGAUCAUCUUAAACUUAUAGAAGAUAUGAAGUUAUUAGAAAUUGAUGAAGCUAAAGAACUACAGGCACGUAGGGAGAAUAAAAUAAAAGUUGAUGAAGAAUUUCGUCACUACCAGAAGUUUAUGCAAAAUGUGGCUGAACUGGAGAAAGAAAGAUUUAAUAAUCGAAGCGAUGAACUUAGACGACUGGAUAUUUGCUAUAAGUUUAACAUUGGUCGAAAUGCUGAAAUCAGAGCCAAGAACUUAGCUCAACAUUAUGUGGACCUCAGAGAUCAAACGAACCAGAAACGUCUGCGUUACUACACGGAACAGGUUAAAGAAGCUGAGUUGAAUAAAUUAUGGAAACUCCCAAUUGAUGGCAAUGAGCGUACACCCGAGGAGUACAAACAAGAAAAACUCACUAAUAAAGCUAAUUUCGCUAUACAAGUUGCUGAAGUCAAUGCUCGGUAUGCUGCUGCGGAGAAGGAACGUAAGCGCUUGGAAGCGCAUGAAGUUAACAGAACUAAAAAGUGUUCCAUAUUGGCUGAGAGGUAUUUGCGCCGUGGAACUGAUUGUUUGACUGAACAUAGGAAUUGGCAGAUCGAAAACGGACCAACCAAGAAAAAAGGAGCUCAUAGGCUAUAAUUUUAUAUGUACAAAAUUAUAAGUCCUUCACCAAAAUUCGUAAAAACGUUUUGAUUGUAAAUGUGAUUAAUAGCUUAGCUUAGAACAAAGUUAAGUACUUAUAUUUCAUAUUAAUCUUUAAUUCUAGUAAUAAACACAUUUUGAACUAUGACUCU